AUGACACUUUACAACAAAGGUGGCCAGCCUACCAAGUUUGAUAAAUAUGGAAAUCUUGAUGGUAUUGAUUAUGUGAUCCUCAACAUCAUAUGUUAUGAUUCUAAUGUGACUAUAAGGCCUGUUGGCAAAAGCAGUGCGUCAGGUCAUCAGCUGAAAAUCAAAGAGGAUUUGAUCAAAUGGAACACAGUCGACUCAGUAAUGUUUGCAAAUAUAUUUGACUCAAUAUGGAAUAGUGACAGUGAAGAGUGUUUCCGAUGCUCAGACUUGGAAUGGUCUAAUGAGAACAGGACUCAUUGUAUUGCCAAAGUUGAAGAAUUUCUAUCAUACACUAAUGAUGUUAUAUCCUUGGUUGUUUCAACUCUCUGUAUUUUAUUUUUCCUUAUAACUCUGCUAAUAUUGGGUGUUUUCGUUUCAUACCGGGACACCCCAAUUGUGAGAGCCAACAACAAGAAUCUAAGCUUCCUCCUCCUUGUCUCCAUCAAGCUGAGCUUCCUCAGUGUGUUUCUGUUCCUCGGUCGCCCUGUGGAUAUAACCUGCAUGCUGGGCAACAUCACUUUUGGAAUCACCUUCUCCAUAGCUGUCUCUUCUCUCCUGGCCAAGACUAUCAUGGUUUGUGUUGCUUUUAAAGCCACCAAGCCAGGGAGCUCAUGGAGAAAAUGGGUGGGAGUCAAACUGUCCAAUUCUGUAGUCUUGUUCUGCUCAUCCAUUCAAAUAAUAAUCUGCAUGACUUGGUUGGCCAUUUCUCCUCCCUUUCAGGAACUGGACCUUCACACUUACCCUGGAACCAUCAUCAUUCAGUGCAAUGAGGGCUCAGCUAUUGGCUUUUACUCAGUUAUUGGGUAUAUGGGGCUUCUGGCAGCUGUUAGUUUUGUUUUAGCAUUUUUAGCUCGGACAUUACCGGACAGUUUUAAUGAGGCCAAGUACAUCACUUUCAGCAUGUUGCUCUUCUGCAGUGUUUGGAUCACAAUGAUCCCGGCCUAUCUGAGCACCAAAGGCAAAAACACUGUGUGUGUGGAGAUAUUUGCCAUACUCACCUCAAGUGCUGGACUUUUAGCCUGUAUAUUUCUUCCAAAAUGUUAUACUAUACUAUUUAGACCAGUAAUGAACACAAUAAGAAUAAAUCAAAGAAAAACCAUAAACAGCGUUUAG